CAUUUCUUCGGUUUUUGCCAUGUAAAAAUCUGGACUGCAGCAACGCCUCACGACUUCUCUUUUUUUUCCCACAAUGCUGCGCGGUAGGGGUUGUCGUGUGUGCGCUGUUUGUGGUGCUGAAGCUGCGCGUGCCUCGGAGGUUGCUACCAUAGAGAUCCACCCGAGCAUCCUUCCGCGAGCGGACCAGAACGAGGAAUCUGUUUUUUUUCGACGGUUGGAGAACUGACGGUUAGCAUGUUUCUGCCAGCUGCUAGAGACUUAUUUAUCUCUUUAUAACUGCAAACAUCCUUUAAAUUCCUUUUACAUAUAUUCCUCCAGCACAAGUUAACAAACCGGACACGUUUCUGAAGCUGUUUUUCGAGGCUCGUCGUCUCCCCGGUGCUGCUGCCUGCCCAGCCGUCUCUGCCGCUCCGUCCCGCAUCCUUUAUGCACAGCACGCUGCUCCGGUCCUCCCCAACAAAACACACAUUAGUGUCAGAGCACCAUGGCCCGCUCCAGCCGCUUUCACUGAGAGACAUGGAAGCCAAACAGCACCCGAUAAAGAGUCUGAAAAGCUACCCGGAGACCGGUGGCCGGAGCCUGGCAGCGGCCGCCGGAGGCGACGGCGGCGGGUAUCGAGCCGGCUCUGCUGAAAUGGAGAUGGAGGCGAAGAUCCAGAAAGCCAUCGACUUCAAGGCGGAGGGUCACCGCUGCUACAAGGAGAAGAAAUUUCGGGAGGCGAUCGGCAAGUACCACCGGGCGCUGCUGCAACUCAAAGGGGUGCAUGUUAUCGACGGGACGACGGGCUCCGAGGUCAACCUGCUGAACCAAGCCGCGGCCAAGCUGACCGAGGAGCAGCGGAGAGCCGUGGAGAGCACCGAGAUCGAGUGCUACGACAGCCUGACAGCGUGUCUGUUGCAGUCAGAGCUGGUGAACUAUGAGAGGGUGAAGGAGUACUGUCUGAAGGUGCUGAGCCACCAGAGAGACCACUUCAAGGCCAUGUACCGAGCCGGCAUCGCCUUCUAUCACCUGGGUGACUACGAAUGUGCCCUACGCUACCUGCGUGACGCCAAGAACCGCGAACCUACAGACACCAACGUGCUGCGGUACAUCCAGCUGACAGAGAUGAAGAUGAGCAAGAGUGGACAGCGGGAACGAGAGAGCGGCAAAGAGACCCAGGGCUAACCCUCGACCUUUUCACCCUCCUUACCCCUCGACCUUUGACCCUACAAGCAGUCCCUACAUCAACCCUCCCUAUCUCCACCUCCUCUAUCGACUCCUGACAGCAGCACAGACCGCAGACAGAAGAGACAGACCCAAUCACCCGCCAGCGAUGGAUAAAAACGGGAGACAUAUCAAGCGCUGUCUGCAACCCAACCUCCUUUUCCUUCUCUUCCCCCUUCUUCUCCCCCUUUUCUCCCUCAGGUGCUGUGGUUCCUCUCCCUAGACGCAGACAGUCGAGCAUAAAAGUCAAACAUAAAAAAACAACAAAAAACAAGGAAAAUGCUGUAUUAUACUCAUAUGAAACAAUCAAUGUGGUGGAAUGAAAAAGGAGCUUCAAAACAUACAUAUGAAUAAUGGACAUUUGCGUGAUUUAGUAAAAGUUUUAAAAACAUAAAAUGCAUUUUGUUUCUGCUCUCUCUUUUUCUCUCUGCCUUCUCUCUGUCUCCAUCUUAUUUCGAACUCUUAAUAUCGGGGGUUGGGAAGCUCGAACACACCAGGAGGAGGGCGGUUGUGUGUGUGGAGGCAGCUCGGAGUAUAAGCAGGGGAUAGUGAGGGGUGUGUGUGACACAUAUCAAGACCAUGGCCCAAUUUGAUUGUACAUCCUACCCCAACAGGGCUCACUCAGACCCCUUACCCAGGCUAUGGGACAGACUAGCACGAGAAAUCUUUCAUCAAGUAGAGAAAAGGCCUGCCUCUGCUCUUAAUCUAUCGCUCUUCUGUCUCACUUUUCUUUCCUGGAUGCCAUGUACCUCAGUUACUGGACUGUUUGUUUUUUUUCAAUUCAAGGGCUAAUUCAAGUGUUUGUAAUCUGUUACUAGGAUUUUUUAUUUGCUUUUCGGUGUUCAUCAUACUCAGUAGUAAUUAACUGGUUGUUAAUAGCAUCUGUGUGCGCAGCAAACAGACAAAAUUCUCCAGCGGUUCCUGCUGUUAUCAGGUGUGCUAUUGUGGAAAAUGGUGUGUCUUGAAUCUGUUGUCCGAAGCCCCUCCUGGGUCAUGUGUCAUUGUUGAUGUUGUUGAGACUGUCGAAGCCCCUCCCUCCCUUCCUCCGCCCCUCUCUGUUCCACCCCGUUAAUGAUGUCACAACGGAAAAUAGCCAAUGGGAUCGGAGUUCCAUCAACCGCCGUUGGCUAGAUGGAGAUCCACUCUAAAGUUUCACAGUGAGAAACACUUUAAAAUUUCUAAACCGAGGUCCAAACUUUUAUCACUAAUGCUGAACCUUCCCAGACAUCGAUAACACACCAAGGAGACUCUGGGCAGCGUUAGUGCAGGGAAAACAAUCACACACGUCUGUCCUGGCAGUCUAAACCACCAUCUCAGCUUCAGUGCACUUCAACAAAAGUGUGCCAUUUGAGAUUUCUUCCUCUUUCAGUUUAUCGUAUGUUGAUAGAUAAAACAUCUGUGUUUGAAAAAUUGUUCCAGACAUAGAGCUGUAAGGACAGAUAACACACAGCAUUAGCAUUAGACAACACUACUGAUGAUAUGGCUUGUGGCUAUCCAUGGCUAGCUGUCAAAAGAUACAUAAAUAAUUUGCCACUGCUUCUCUUGUGACUUGUGAAGCAGAAUCAUUGAUAAUGCAAAUAUUGCUUUUAUGAUAGCUUUACCACAGGCUUAAAUAUGCCUGCCCUGCUCUGCAGAAGGUUGUAUUGACGAUUUGUGAAAGCAUGACCUGAAUUUCCCUCGUCUCUGAUGCCAUGAAACUCUUUCCCGUGUGCAAGCACAACUUUUGCAUGUAACGUGCGGCUCCAGAGAGUUACUUCAGAUGUAUGGGAUAGGGAUUAUAUCUGCUCUAUUGCUUUCUGUCAUGGCAUGCUGCCACACUGUUUGCUCAUACCUCUAUUUUAUCCAUUCUGCCCUUUAUAAAUAAACACAGAAGGUGGUGACAGACUGUGAUCACAGCAGUAGAAUAAGUAUCAAGUAAAUCUGUAAAAAAGAAGUCUUUAAUGAAAUUAGGGUCACCUUCUGCCUCGGCCAAGGUGAGAGAUAAGAGAUAAUUCCACUGCUUAAGAAAUUCAAAAAGGGGUGGAAGAGGAAAUCAAAGAAAGAUGCUGUAAAAGAUUCCCCCUCCCCAUUUUUCCAGUGAGCUGCUAGGAGGUAAAUAGGGACAUAAGUGUGUCAAUGGGACUCUGGAGAGAUGACACCAUGCGUUGAGGAGGCCGGCAUGAUACAGAGAGGCUCCAGUGGAGGGAGAAGUAGGCCAUCAUCAGCCACAGUAAAACAGCUGCGGCUCCAAAGUCACUCCGGCAGCAGAGACACAAGAUUACAAAUAGAAAAGUUUAGAGCUGGGAGAUUUAUUAUCAUGUGGCUGAACGUAUGUGGACACCUGGUCACGUAGUUUUGGCCAUAUAGUGUACAUGAUAAGAGAUAUAUCUAAAUAUAAUUAAACAGCUCACAUGUUUUGCUGGUCAUAAUAGCUGUGUUGCAGGAACGUAACAUUUUUCUUGAAGGAAAAGUUCGACAUUUUGGGGAAUGCACUUAUUCACUUUCUUACCGAGAGUUAGAUGAAAAGAUUGAUACCACUCUCAUGUCUGUACACUGAUAUGAAGCUGCAGCCAGUUAGCUUAGCUUAGCACAAAGGCUGGAAACAAGGGGAAACAGCUAGCCUGGCUCUGUCCAAAGGUAAAAAAAUCCACCUACCAGCACCUCUAAAGCUCACUAAUUAACAGGCCAUAUCCUGUUUGUGUUGUCUGUACAAAAACUAACGUGUAUAAACAACAAUUCAACAUUUUACAGGGGUGGUAUUAAUCUUUCUUGGUUGCCAGACAACCAGUUGAAGUUCUGCUCAUAUAACUCUUGGUAAGAAAGCAAAUAAACGUAUUUCCCAAAAUGUUGAGAUAUUCCUUUAAGUUAUCUUACUGUUCUUGCUUAAUGAAAUAAAUUCGACGCCACUACUUUUCUGACUAAUUCCCAUUACUACUAAUAAUCAUUUCUCAGAGAACAAAUCACAGGUGUAAAGCACCGAUUAUCAAACAUCAACACUGAGUCAAAUCAUGAGACGCAGAAGCCUUCCUCACUUGAUGUGCCUCUGUACUCUCUUCUUCUUCUGGUAUCCCAGAGGAAAUAAAUCAACAAAACAACUGUGAGGAAUGGCACCUGCAGACUCGGUCUCCAUGACUGCCUGGGCUGAGUCUACUCACCCACGGGCCCCUCUGGGAUAGGUCUCCUCCCGUGGUCCUCUCUCCAUGGCACCAGUCCGCCAUCUUGUUUUUUGUCUCGCUGUGCUAAGUCAUUCUAGCUAAACGUGUACUACAAUUGUCUUGGGGAUAACUAGCUGCGCACAAGACAGGUUCAUUUCUGGCUGAUCAGUUCUUGAUUAACAGCAGAGCUGACUCCAAGGCUGUUAUUGUGAGCAUAAUCUGACAACACUGCUGUCUGGGCAAAUAGAGAUAGACACUUCUCUACAUCAGUGUAGCUUUGAAAACAAACAACAAAAAGCACAAGAAAAAAAAAGAGACGGGAAAGUCAAACUACUGGCUGUGUUAUUUUUGCUCUUUUGCUCUGAUGUCAUUUGAGGUAAAUGUUUGAGUAGUUUUUGUGAAUAUAUGAUACAAAUGUACAAAAAAAAUAACAAAAACGGAAAGGUUUAUGGUUGUGAAAAGCUUUACUUUAGUGAAUUACUUUAUCAAUGGAAAAGAAAAGCAAGAGAUAGAAAAGAGAAUUUUACUACAGCGCCUCCACAGACCUGCUUUGUGACUGUGUCUGUGUCCGUUGUUACUUCUGUUGAUCCCCCUUUCGCCAAGGGAUCCAGAACCGGCUCAGUGUGUGCAAUGCCCCCCCCAUCCAAAUGACCUUUCACCCGACUCGUCUGUUUCUGCACAGUAAGGCGACCAGUAAUGCAGGAGUGGAGGAGAACUCGUACCAGAGCGCAGAGAUAAAAGGACAUGAAGCUGGGGACGUCAAGGCAAUGACUGCGUUUUAGGCUUCCAAGAGACCUUUUUCCACCCAGCAUCCAACCAUCACAGGCCGCCAUCACUGGUUUUACUGAACUGCUAGCCCGGGAAUGCACUAUUGAUUGGUAAAUGAAGAUUAUGAAUAAAGUUUCAAACAAAGAGGAA